AUGAACUCCCUGCUCGCCAUGCUCUCUGCAAUGGUUGAUGGGGAGUAUGAUGGGGAGUAUGAGCUCCUUGGAGGCACCAAGUCCGACAUCGCUUUUCUGUGGAACGAGCUCAGCAGCAUGAACGCCCUGCUUGAGAAGCUGGCAGCAGCGGAGAAACUUGACGUGCAGGUACAGGUUUGGAGGGACAACAUACGGGAACUAAGCUAUGAUAUCGAAGAUUGCAUUGACAUGUUUAUGCAGAAGCUCAACCAUGGCGACGCCGCCAAGGCAGGUAAUUUUGUUAAGAAGAUAAUUGGUAAGGUUAAAAAGCUAUGGUCAGGCUUCCAGAUGGCUAACCAGAUUCACGAGCUCAAGGCUCGUGUAGUUGAGGAGAGUGAGCGUCGCUUGAGAUACAAGUACAACGAAUCGAUCUCCACCGCGGGCAAAGUGGAGAUUGAUCCACGAUUGCCAGCGCUGUAUGUGGAAGCAGAGAAACUUGUUGGUAUCGACGGUCCUAUUCAGAAUCUCAUGGAUUGGUUGAUGAAAGACGACUCAACACAACAGCUUAGAGUGGUGUCUAUUGUGGGUUUUGGAGGCCUCGGCAAAACAACUCUUGCGAACCAAGUGUAUCGCAAAAUCAAGAGUCAAUUUGAUUGUACAGCUUUUGUACCAGUUUCGCGAAGUCCCGUCAUAAAGAAGAUACUCCGUGAUCUGCUUACAGAACUGGGUAGUAGUAAGAGUCAUUCAUCAUCAGACGACGAUGAGCGGCAACUCAUAAAUGAGGUCAGAGCAUACCUACAAGAUAAAAGGUAA